AUGCAAACAAAUAGCUGUGGGAGUUCCAACAGUAAGGCACCCAUGCCUUGUGCUUUCCAAGAACCAAUGGCAGCACCCAGACACAUGCAAGAUGGAUCGGCAGCAGUAGCUGAGCAGCUGGAAACAAUUGAUUUGAGUGAAGAUCCCUCUACCCCGAGGCCCAUUUCCAUAAGUGUUCAUUUAACAAGUGAGGAGAGGGCGGCCUUGGUAUCUUUGCUACAGGAAUUUCGAGAUGUGUUCGCUUGGAGCUAUGAGGAAAUGCCUGGCUUAAACCCAAGCUUAGUAAGUCAUACUUUGAAUAUUGAGCUUGUUGAGAGGCAAAUCAAGGUGGAAAUUGAAAAGUUGUUAGCUGCCGGAUUCAUUAAGCCAAUCAAGCAUCCAACACGGUUAGCAAAUAUUGUGCCUGUAAAGAAAAAGACCGGAGUAAUUAGAGUAUGCACGGACUAUCGAGAUCUCAACCGAGCCUGCCCAAAGGAUGAAUUCCCGCUGCCUAACAUGGACAUCUUGAUUGGUUCAACCUUGGGUCAAGGAUUGUUGUCAUUCAUGGAUGGGUUUAAUGGCUACAAUCAGAUCAAGAUGUCACCCAAAGAUGCUGAGAAGACAGCCUUUCGAACACCAUAUGUGAAUUUUUAUUAUACAGUCAUGUCAUUCGGCCUUAAAAAUGCUGGCGCCACUUACCAAAGAGCCAUGACAGCAGUGUUUCACGACAUGAUGGGAAAAGAAGUCGAAGAUUAUGUGGAUGACCUUGUGGUGAAGUCCAAAACCAGAGAAGGCCAUCAAGAAGUUUUAAGGAGAGUGCUGGAAAGGUGUCGGUUGUACGGUUUAAAGAUGAAUCCAAAGAAGUGUGCGUUCGGGGUUUCAUCCGGUAAAUUCUUGGGGUUUCAAGUACACCAGCAUGGCAUAGACGUGGAUCCUGAAAAGACUAAAGCCAUAAAUUCUCUUGCACCGCCUAGAAACCUAAAAGAAUUGAAAAGCUUUAUGGGAAGAUUAUCGUAUAUUCGACGCUUUAUCCCAGGUCUUGCUGCCACCAUGAGUGCUUUUACUUCACUGCUCAAGAAAGGCAAGCCGUAUGAAUGGAGUGAGAAGUGCCAAGAAGCUUACAAGAAGGUGCAACAAAUAAUCACCAAGCUGCCCACUAUGAAAGCACCUAUUCCGGGGCUUCCUCUCAAGCUUUAUUUGGCUGCAACAAACACAGCAAUGUGGGCUUUGCUUGCUCAAGAUGAUCAUGACGGGAAGGAAAGUCCCAUUUAUUACCGCUUGCGGCAUUACUUCCUUGCUCACAAGCUACAUCUCAUGGUGAAGUCCGAUCCCGUAAGAUAUUUGCUUACAAGGCCGGUGUUAUCCGGACGCCUUGCACGUUGGCUGCUACAACUGUCCGAGUUUGAUAUCACCUGCACCACCCCAAAAGCCAUCAAAGGGCAGGCCGUGAUUGACAUGUUGGCUCUAUUUCCCGAAGUUGAAGAAUCAACAAUCUCUAAGGAAGUUCUGGGGGAGCUGCCAGAAAUGGUUGCUGUAGUCACAAAGGCAGAACCAUGGACCCUCUACUUCGAUGGGUCUUCUACAUCGAAGGGUGGAGGGGCAGGUGUGGUGCUUGUCAAUCCCGAGGGGCAAGCCACGGCCCUCUCGUUUAAGCUAAAUUUCCCAUGCACAAAUAAUACGGCAGAGUACGAAGCUUUUAUUGCGGGAUGUCUACAACAAGGGAAAUGGGAACCAGCAUUGGCACCAUAUCGUACAGCUGCUGAAAGGCUUGUUCGUUCUUUCAAACAGGUUGUGUUGGAACAUAUCCCGGGAGUCACUAAUAGAUAUGCUGAUGCGUUGGCCACUUUGGGGUCGAGGCUCUCAUUUAUUGAAAAACAGCCCAAUAUUGCAGUAAUCAAGAAGGACACGCCAGUUGUUGAAGCAAUGGCUCAAGAGGAGCAGCUGGAAGAGGAUGACUGGAGGAAGCUUGUGAAAGAAAAAAUAGGCAAAGGAAGCGACAUCAAAGAAUUGAAGGAUUAUGCGAUCAUCUUUGGGGAACUGUACAGACGCCUUCCGGGAGGUAUUUUGACCCGCUGCAUAGGGAUAACAGAAGCACAGGAGAAGCUUCAAGAGGUACAUGAGGUUACUUGCAAUUUGGAGCCAAUAAUCAGCUUGUAUCGGCGCCUGCAGCGCAAGGGUUAUUACUGGCCAGAAAUGAGGAAACAAGCAGCUGAAAUACAAGCCAAUUGUCCCAGGUGUGCAAAGAUACCCUCCACCGAGGAAUCAUUCACCGUCUCAUUUGCGGAGGAUUGGAGGGCUCCAUACUUGGCAUCCUUCAUCAACGGAGUCUUGCCAACCGAUCCCAAGCAUGCACGCAAGCUCAAAAGGACAAUAAAAAGAUACUUCAUAGAUGGGUCAACUCUUUACCGUAAGGGGUUUAAUGGUGAGCCAUUAAAAUGCUUGGGAAAGUCAAAGGCACAGCAAGCCAUGCAAGAGAUUCAUGCUGGAGAAUGUGGUGAGCACCAAGGAAUGAAGAGGCUUUACCGGCAGCUGCUGAGUGUUGGGUAUUAUUGGCCUACAAUGAAGAAUGAUGCAUACAACUUUGUGAAGAGGUGCCACACAUGUCAAGUUCAUGCCAACUUAAGUCAUAAGCCUCCCACGCUGCUGCAAGACAUGCGCACUCCUUGGCCCUUUCAUACUUGGGGGCUUGAUUUGAUCGGGACUAUCCAUCCACCAUCCGACAGCUACAUAUGGAUUCUCACAGCCACCGAAUAUUUCACAAAGUGGGUUGAGGCGGUUCCCUUGCGGAAGGCCACGGGAGCUGCCGUUGCCAAUUUCAUCCGUGAAAAUAUUGUAUGUAGAUUUGGGAUCCCAUACAAGAUUGUCACCGACAAUGGCACCCCGUUUGUCAAUAAGCAAGUAAGCUCGACACUUAGUGGUUAUGGUAUCAAGCAUCGUCGCUCCACGCCUUAUUAUCCACAAGGAAAUGGUCAAGCGGAAGCCACAAACAAGACUUUAUUGAGGAUCCUAAGCAAAAUGGUUUAUGAGUAUGAAGGAGGUUGGAGUGUUCACCUGCCGGAUGCUUUAUGGGCUUACCGCACCUCUUCAAGAAGUGCCACAGGUUUCUCGCCCUAUUCACUUGUGUACGGGUCCGAUGCCAUUUCACCAGUAGAGAUUACCAUCCCCACUGCCAGAAUAGCAGCUGUUAACGACCUCGAAUGGGAUACAAAGUCAUGCUCGGAAUGGCGCCUGCUGGACCUUGAAGCUUUGGAUGAAAAAAGAGCGGAAGCCGAAAAGAGGACAGCGUUGUACCACACAACUGUAGCUCAAGCCUAUAACAGGACAGUCAAGCCUCGCGCCUUCAAGCAAGGAGACCUCGUGCUAAAAGUUGUGGAGCAUGUGAGAAGACAGGUGUCGGGACCUUCCAAGUUUGCGCCACAAUGGGAAGGCCCGUUUGCAGUCAAAGAAGUUCACAGCAGCGGCUAUUAUCGCUUGGUCUCUGUCAAAGAAGGCACGCUGACAGACCCCGUCAAUGGGAAGUGGCUCAAGCUCUACUACUGCUAA